AUCAAAUAACCCAAUAACUUUUUUAAAAUCAAAUAACUUUCUUAGACAAAAAUCAAUUUUUUGAGAUUGGACUAACCGGUUUUGACUUCUAUUUUGAAGGAAGUUUGAAGGAUUUUAUAUAACAUGUUUUCGUUGUUUCACAAAAAAUGCAAGUGUUUGGUAUCGUGAGUAAAAUAAGCGAUUUUAAAUCUACUAUGGAAUCGGAAUAUAAAUUUUUGAAAGAUACCGUUUAUGAGAAAGGUGCUGUAUAAAAUAGGCUAACGUAUCCUCAACACUAACAAAUGCAUUUUCAAGUUUUUAUAUUUAAAUUACAAUAUUGAAGAUGUUCUUGAAAUCUAUAUUGGUCUUUAUCGAAAUAAAGAAAUUCAUCGUUUGUUUAUUUAUACUUUUAUUCCAUUUUUAGUUUAAUUUCAAUUUUUAAUUUAAUUCAAAUUUUUAGUUUAAAAUGUUGAGUUAAAAUCAAGAUUCUCCACAACGGCAACAGGUCUAAAUAUUUUGCACAUUUUGAUACCUGUUGCUGUAACUGAUCCCUCAUGAAAUUUUCAGCAUGUUACCUUUUUAAAUGUACAAAAGUUUUUAAACUUUGACAACACAUUCAAAUAAAAAUGACGUAAAAAUUGUUCACGGUUUCGAUCAAGUUGUCAAAAAUAACAAAUUUAAUCUCCAAAUCCUUCGGUCCAGUUUUAAAAAAGUCACUUUAUUUUGCAAUUCUCGGGACUUUUUGUGGUCACUGUACAUAUACGAUCGUGGAGAAAGAUGCAUUUACAUUACAAUCAAAAGAACACGCAUUUACGUAGCUCGUCUUUCCUGUAGUAUCAAAACCGGAUUUACAUGAAUAGUGUCUGGUAGAUUAACUAUCAUAGCAGAGAAAAUUAGUCUACUGUCUUUAUCUGAACACCCGGAUAAGAGGUUAGUAGGCUGAUGAGUGCAAACAAUGAAGAUGUUAUCGUCAGAUAAUAAUACUACUUGUUUCCCUACUAUUGCACAUUUAAGCAGUAUAUCUCCUGCUGUUUAUUUGACUCACUACUGAUUCAAAGUUCAGUAUCACUGAGCUAUAUCGUAACUGAAGUGUGAACUGCGAGCCGAAUGGAGGUCUGAGAGAGAGGGAAGAGAUAGAAGAUAUGCGGUGAACGAAACUCUGUCUUACAACUUGCUUCGAACAAGGAUGCGUUUAUACCACUCCUGUAUGCGUAAGCAUACGACGGCCAUCUUGCUUGUUUACAUCAGCGUCUGUCUCACUCAUGCACUUUCGAAAAUUCGGCUUUAUUCAGUAUAAAGUAUUUAUUGCUGUCUAAAGCGACCAAUGUGUUGUAAGGGUAUAAUGUGUUGUAGGGGUAACCGAAAGGUCCCCGACGGAAACCCAUCAAACGUUUCAAGGAUAACUUUGAUAACAUGGGUGCUAUGGGAGGUACAGUGGCUCCACCAGGACUGUCGCCGGCCUGGUGCUGACAUCAUUUGGAGUUGGAUUCGUAGUGGCAGUAAACUUCAAGAGACUAGGAGAUAAUUGAGAUAGCGAUGCAGGUGUUCAAUUUCUAUCAGAUAUGAACGGUGUGAUAAAACUCAUGGAUGAUUGUCACGUCAGAAAUUCGUGUAUUCAUUAGUAGUUAGUGUAACAAAUAUGACCUGUGUACAAAUUGUGUUUGGUGCAUUACUCUGUUUGCAAUGUCUUUUAUAUCAAGUUUCAGGUUCUACAAGCAAUAUAGAAGGCACUACAAAUGAUAAGACGUUUAUGGAUGAUGUUUAUUGGGCAUGUGGUUCCGACAUUGAUUGUACCGUUGCUUCCAGCAGUUGUAAAAAUGGCACAUGUCAAUGUCCUACUGGUUAUGUUUACAAUGGAAAGAUGACAUCAUGCAUUAAAGUCGCUACAGGGUAUGGCGAAGCUUGCGAAGAAUCGAUACAAUGUUCGAGAUUUUUAUUCAAUGGUGGAGCUUGCAUAAAUUCGACCUGCGUAUGUGUCGAAGGAUACUAUUAUAUGCAUGGAAGGUGUAAUGCAUAUUCAGGAUUAUCUGGAAAAUGUCACAAGGACGUUGAUUGCCAUGUAACCGGCGACUUCGAGGCAGUGUCUUGUGUUAAUGGAAUUUGCAAAUGCAGUUCUGGAUAUUAUCAACGUGAAUACAGAAGUUGCCGUCCAAUAGCAAAAGGUGUUGGCGACAAAUGUUUCAUAAAUAAUGAUUGCAAAUUUAAUUCUACUGCGUAUUGUAGUUAUGAUUAUGUUUGUACUCUUCCGGAAGAAAGUCUUCGUAUGUCAAAAUCCUUGACUAAGGACAGCACUCCUGAACACACUUACACGUAUCAAAUGGGAAUUAAUCAGACUUGCACCGAAAAUGUGGAUUGCGAAAAGUUUGAUGCAUUUUGUGACGCUUCUGGGAACUGUGCAUGUAAACGAGCACACUUCUUCGUUGAGGAAGUUGGAAAAUGCAUUCCAGAAAUAUUGCUCGAAGGUUGGUUAUUUGGUGCUAUUGUAGCUGCAAUCUUCGCUCUAGAAGAUGAUUUUCCCAUGAAUGUACAUUAG